UUCAGAUAUUUGUUUGAAGUUGCACCAUCGGAUCCGUUGAAAAUGCUCAAAUUGAUUUUACUUCUAUCUGCCAUAGUUUUUAUCACCGUGGAACCGGCCACCAGGCGCAAUCGUAAGGCGAACCAAUCGAAUGAACAACCACACAAUUUAGGGGAGAUCGUGAGUGAGCUGACGGAGGAAACGAAGGACUACCACAGUUAUCCCAAGUACAGGUACGAAUAUGGUGUUAAAGACCCCGUCACCGGAGAUCACAAAAGCCAGUGGGAGAUGCGAGAUGGCGACAUUGUGAAAGGAUCCUACACACUCGACGAACCGGACGGUACCCAGCUAAUCGUGGAAUAUCGGGCCGAUGAUGAAAAUGGGUUCGAGGCUAUCGUCAAGACGAUUAGGCGCCCUCAGCGGCACAGCGAUCAGAGGGACGUCGGUGAUUCCAAUCUGGAAAGUCAAGGUCAAGGUAAACAACGACUCAUCGGUCAAAGUUACUCCAAGCUGACGAGAUACGACCGAGAUGCUGCAUGAACUUGAAUCAGACGCGAAUAAAUUGUGAUUAAAUCGUG